CUAAGUAUCCAAUCAGCAUCUCUGAUACUGCGUUCUUCAACUCAACAACUUUGCCUAGAAAACCAAUCCCUCACAUCCAUACGGUUUCUAUGCAAACAUCUACAACUUUCCAGAAGCCUUCAGAUAUGUAUAUCUAGGUUGUCCCAAUGCAAACAUUCACCGCUGGAAGAAGCUUUAGGAACGAGAGACAAAUAAACGAUGCCGAAAGGAAAAAAAUCGAGUUGGUUUUCCAUCAGUGUGAUGUGGGUAAGAAAAGUUAUUUGUCCAGAGAAGAUCUUAAGAUAGCAGUUGUCAUGCUUUUUGGAUACAAGCCAUCAAAGUCAGAGACAAAUAUCUUGAUGGGGAAUGGCACUAUUAAGGACUGUCCAGGGGUCCCACUGGAGCAGUUUGUGCCUCUCAUGGGGAGGAAGAUGUCAGCAGAAGACCCAUAUGAGAAGACGAGGCAGAUCUUCACUGCAUUUGAUGUACACUGUCGUGGCUUCUUAAAGCUGGAUGACUUCAAAAGUGCCUUCAAGCGAGUUGCCCCUCGUCUGCCGGAGAGAACUGUGCUGGAGGCUUUCCGGCAUGCAGAUCAGGAUUCUGAUGGUCAUAUCAGCUUCAAGGACUUUGAAAAUGUCAUCAGCUAUGGUUUGGUGAACAUCUGCAGCUCUACAGGAGCCACAAAAUAAUACUUUCAGAAUUGUUUCUGUAGAGAAUACAUAAAACUAGAUCUCCCCUAAACAUGUAACAUGUGUUCUCAACCCAGUGAGUUUCCCUCCCUACUUUUUGUUUUUAAUUUAAAUCUUUGACAGUCAAGUGUUCACACUGACUCUCCAAUAGAUAACUGUUAGCAAUUUAGUGAACAUCGUUUGGCCUUGCUUGUUGAAAGGAAUAGUAACUUAAGAUGCUUGACACUUGGGUUUGAUGAUGAGUUUUGAUGUUGUAUCGAUCCAGUUGGACUGAAGCUGCACCGUGUAAUAGAGAAGCACACAUUUCUAUUGUGCAGUUGCCUUACAAACCAUAUUAAAUUUAACCCAACCUCUCAGGGUCUACUUCACUAGGUGCGGGAACAAUAUUCCCUUUCCAGGCUUCUGAUAUUCUCCACUCUGUUCCUCGUAAAAUCACUCCUGUGAGUUCUGUAAACCCAUUUUAUGGCACGUGGAGGGACAGAUCUUUAAAAUUCUCCUCCACUGUUCAAUUUUCAUCUGCGAAAUAGACAGGUUGCCUUAAAAUUGAAUAUUAACUAUCACAUUCUGAUUCUGUUUUUGCAAAACUCACUGCUAGCGACAUGUAUUAAAAAGCCCAGGCGCACUAGUUCAGGGAGGAUUUUAUGUGACUCGUCUUGUUACAUGCGAUUAUGGAACUGUAAAUACUUGUUUGUGUUUCGAGAGAUUUGCUGCAUUCCCAUCUGAAUAAAGAUUAAUUUGUUUUUGUAAUCA